AUGGCUGAGUUCAAGGCAGAGAGUCUGUUUUCUAUUCCCGGAAGAACUGCCGUUAUCACAGGUGGAGGUAGCGGAUUGGGUCGCAUCUGUGCCAAAACAUUCUUCUCUAAUGGGGCCAAUGUCACGAUCAUUGAUCGUGAAGCUUCCCGACUCGAAUCAGUGAAAGAGGAGCUCGAACAAAUCCGCAAGCAACUAUCAGUCAAAGGCGAAAUCAAGACUAUAUGUGGCGAGCUUGGCGAGAAGUCCUCGCUACAAGUAAUCGUUGCAAAAGUACGUGAGACGCAUACCGAAAUUGAUAUUGUCGUACACUGUGCUGGAAUCCGAAAACAAAACAAGAUUGCGUACAAUACUGGAGAACCGCUUGAAAAGCUGUUCGCAGCCACAAACUCUUUGCUUUACGAAGAUAUUGAGCUCUCUUUCAGAAUCAAUGUCCUAUCACAAUAUUUCUUGACUUCGGGUUUGGUUGACUACUUGGGCGCAGCGGCCAAAAAGGGUGGCGGCAGGGGAUGUGUCAUCUGCUUCAGCAGCGUGGCCAGCAAACAUAAUGGUCAAUUUGUGCCGGCAUACCAAACUACCAAAGCGGCAGUCGAUCACUUGGUGAAAAUUAUGGCAGCCGAGUUCGCCGAAUUUUACAUUCGCGUCAAUGCCAUCUCUCCGGGUCUUUUCCCAUCAGCCCUCAAUCCGUCUGACCCCAACCACCCGGAGUCUAAUAUGCGAUUUGCAAAGGAUAUGCCCGCGCGCCGAGCCGGUACCGAGCAAGAAAUGGCUGGUACUGCUUUGUACCUUGCCUCUCCCGCUGGCGCAUAUAUGACUGGUGACAAUAUGCAUGUUGAUGGUGGCCGUUUGUUGGUGGCCGCUGCUAAGAUAUCGAAGUUGUAA